UCCCGUUACUCUCCGGUGCCACGAUCCAGAAUCCCGACCUGGAUCCGGCUCCGUGCGACAAACCCCCCUGACCCGGUGGCUCCCACUCUCCAUCCCCAGGCCGAGGAGGUGCUGCAGGAGUUCCUCCAGUCCAAGGCGGCUGUGGCCCAGUCCAUCCUGCAGACGGACGAGGCCCUGACGGAGAAGGAGAAGGAGAUGGCAGCCGAGCGAGCCCGGGCCGAGGCGGCCGAGCGGGAGCAGCAGGUCCUGAAGCAGAAGGAGGCUGAGUUGCAGCAGAAGCUGGAGGACCAGGACCGCAGCUACCAGGAGAACCUGCGGCAGCUGGAGACGAAGCUGGAGGAUGAGCGGAAGAAGCUGCUGGAGGAGCAGGGCAAGAUGAUGGAUCAGAAACUGAAGGUACCAGGGGGGCCGCGGGUGCUUGGCGCUGCGGGGGAUGGAUGGGCAGACCUGCUGCGGUCGACCCUGGCCCUGUGCUUUGGGGGGCCCCCUCGCUUCAGGGGGAUGUGGGGCCUGG